AUGAUCGAAUAUAUAAUAACAACAACAACAACAGCACCAACACCGAUACAAUCAACAAUAUCAUUCUAUCAACAUGGAUUGUCAAUAGCAAUAGGUAUAUUGGGUGUAACAACUAUCACCUCAAUAGUUCUAUACCUGAAGCUACGAGACAAAGUGAGCAAGACAGCAACAACCAAAAUAAUUACGAUGCCACCAAUAUGAACAACUUUUAAAUUAGUUUCAACAACAGCAACUCCUGAGAAGAAAACGUCGAUCACCGAGACUUGUAAAUAUAUAACCGAGCUAGGCUCGAAGAUAGUCAUGUAUAUAAAGUGUGAAUAAAUUGCAUGUAAAAAAAAAAAAAAAAAAAGAAGUUAUUAUUACUAGUGUGCUGCCCCACUGGUUACUGCCGUAUUCAUAUUGUCUACCUCUUCUACAUUUUUGUUUUGUAUGUUCUGGUGUUUAUCAUAUCCCUUGGAUGUUCUCUUUGUUCUUUUUUUCUGUAUUUUUCGUUUUCGUUCGUUGUGUCUGUGUGUGUAGACUUAAACAGCGCCACGAAGAAGACCCUCGUUAAACCAAUUGCUUCCUUAUAUAUCCCUCGAACAGACGCCCAGGAGUGCGUCUUGGCAAAAUGGGGGGGUGUGCCGAGAUAGGCACUUGUUCUAUCUCAGUGAACAACUGUGUACA